CCGAGCGGACAGUCGCUCGUGAAGCGAGUCUCGUGUCGUACGACCCUCGAGACCCUUCGAGAAUCGUGCCCUUGAUUGACCAGUGUUAAGUUUUACCUAUCGACCGUUUUUUUCCUCGAAGCAGAAAGGUUCUCGUGUGCGAGUGAAAGUUUUCGAGCAAAAUCUCCCACGUAGUUUCACGCGUUAUUCUAACGUCAAAGACUUAAUUUGAUCUCGAGCAUAGGUCGAAAGCCAGCGAAGAAAAGAAAUUUUGAGCGACGCAGUUUACGACGUAAAAAAUACGAUUGUGUUUCGGAGCGAGGACAAAAAGGAUUUGUUUUGAAUUCAGUUUGAUUAGGUAGCUGGUCAACGCGUGUCUAGCUCGUUCAUCACCGCGUGCUCCAAAGGACGAGCUGUUCAGCUUUUGUUUUCUUCCUCUUCGCUUGCCUUUCGAACGUUUUCGAAUUGAUAAUUUACAUGAUUGUAAAUUUCUUAUCGAAUGUUGUUCUCGGGACAUUCGAAUGUGCACGAGUGAAAAUAAAAAAGGAACGUUCUGGGAGACGAUAAAUGCCUCGCAAGCGGGGAUCGUCGAUAAAUCGUGACAGCAGGAGAGGAAGAGGAAGAAAGAUUCGUCUGAUUUAACGAACCAAGUGAAGUGUCGAUCUAACUUCGUCUAACCUCUUUCCUUUCUCUGUCUCCCCUUUCUCUCGUCCUAUGCUUGCCCGCUCUUUAAUUGGCUGCGUCUCCUGAAUUUUCGAAAAUCGUUCACGACAACCGAAGAUCAAACAUGGCAGACGCCGAGGGAAUACAAGACGGUGGUCUGGGUUACCAGAAUACUUUGAUGUAUGGUCGCUACACGAAGGACCUGGGUGAGUACGCAAAAGAAGAGGCACGCAAACUCAAAUACCACGAGAAAGCUCGACGGAAAUAUGACAAGACCAGGGCGGAGGAUUUACGGAAGUCGAGAAGAGGACCACUGUGUCGGAAGCUGCUGGCUCUGUUGGCCUUCGCCUGGAAACACACCGGAGCUAGACUAGGCGAGGACUGGGUCUUUUUGGCUCUUCUCGGUGUUAUCAUGGCACUUAUCAGCUACGCCAUGGAUCGUGGGAUCUCUAUGUGCAAUAACGCCAGGAUAUGGCUUUAUCAGGAUCUGACGCACCAUCCGGCGCUUCAAUAUCUGGCCUGGGUGUCCUUGCCGGUUUGCCUGAUCCUCUUCAGUGCCGGCUUCGUGCAUAUCGUUGCGCCGCAGAGCAUAGGAUCCGGAAUUCCAGAGAUGAAGACCAUUCUACGCGGAGUCGCCUUGAAGGAGUACCUCACUUUUCGUACUCUAGUCGCCAAGGUGAUAGGUUUGACCGCCACCCUGGGCUCCGGCUUGCCCCUAGGCAAAGAGGGUCCUUUCGUGCAUAUCGCCAGUAUCGUAGCCACCCUUCUGUCGAAAUUGGUCACCAGCUUUCAAGGCAUCUACGAGAACGAGAGCAGAAACUGCGAGAUGCUCGCAGCGGCGUGUGCAGUCGGGGUGGCUGCGUGUUUCGCGGCACCCAUCGGAGGGGUUCUCUUCAGCAUCGAGGUCACCACGGUGUAUUUCGCGGUGCGAAAUUACUGGCGGGGUUUCUUCGCGGCUGUCUGCGGCGCCACGAUGUUUCGGUUGCUGGCGAUCUGGUUUCAAAGGGAAGAGACCAUCACCGCGAUGUUCGCUACGAACUUCACCAUGGACUUUCCCUUUGAUCCUCAAGAACUGUUCGUGUUCGCUUUGAUCGGCGUUGGCAGUGGCCUAUGUGGUGCUUUUUACGUCUGGUUACAUAGGCAGUAUGUCAUCUUCAUGAGGAAGAAUAAGAGUAUGAACAGUUUUCUACAGAAAAAUCGUUUUCUGUAUCCUGGAAUCGUUUCUCUCCUGGUAUCGUCCAUAUCCUUCCCCCUGGGGCUAGGCCAGUUCAUGGCCGGUGAUUUGAACACUCACGACCAAGUGUACGGUCUGUUUACCAACUUCACCUGGACCAAACAAGAACUGGGAGUCGAAGAAAUGAACAUAGUGAAACACUGGUCCACGGCGUAUACGGACGUCUUCAUCGGACUUCUAGGUUUCGGUACCUUCACGUUCAUCUUUUCCAUCAUAAGCUCCACGGUUCCCGUACCAUCGGGGAUCUUCAUCCCCGUGUUCAAAAUAGGCGCUGCGCUAGGUAGAGCGGUGGGUGAGGCUAUGGCUUUGUGGUUUCCCACUGGCGUUCGUUAUGGUGGUAUCAUAACUCCUAUCGUUCCAGGAGGUUACGCUACCGUCGGUGCAGCCGCAUUUUCCGGUGCAGUGACCCACACGAUCUCCGUAAGCGUCAUCGUAUUCGAGAUGACUGGUCAGAUCACUCACAUCGUUCCCAUCAUGAUCGCGGUCUUGAUCAGCAACGCUAUCGCUGCUCUCCUUCAGCCUAGCAUAUACGACAGCAUCAUUCUGAUCAAGAAGCUACCGUACUUGCCGGACCUACUGCCAUCCAGUUCAGGAAUGUACAACGUUUACGUGGAGGACUUCAUGGUGCGCGACGUGAAGUACAUCUGGCACGGAAUCACUUACCAGAAGUUGAAGGAAAUUUUAAAGGAAAACCGCAAACUACGAGGCUUUCCUUUAGUUGACAAUCCAGACUCGAUGAUCCUACUUGGUUCUAUUCAGAGGCUGGAGUUAAUCAAAUUGAUCGAGAAACACAUCGGUCGUGAACGAAGGCUACAGGUGGCCCAAAAAUGGCACAAAGAGGCCGAGGAAAGGGCUCGAGAAGAAAUGGAACGGCAACUGAGGGAUCAAGAGAGAACCAGGAGGCCAUCGAGGUUCGAAGUGAUCCCAGCACCGGAUAUCUUAAAAAUGCAGAGGCAAAGCGUUAACGAUCUAACAAUGUCACCGAGCAACGGAACAGCUCCUGACCACCACACUUACCAUUCUCCGGUAUUUGGCUCGCAACCGAAGAAGUCGAUCCUGAAGAAAACCAACUCUUUCACGUUGAAAGGAUUCAGCCCGCUGGUCAGUCCAGCGGUUACUCCGUACACGACUGUCACCGGGGCGGAGAGCAGGAUACGUCUGGCCUUCGAGGCGAUCUUCCGCAAGUCUGCCACCUUACAGGACGUGGAUCCCGAUCCGGAAUUAGGUUCCAGAGCUGGUGUGAGGCGCGACAGUCAAGAGGUCGCACCCCAUACACCCAUGUUAGCACCUAGUCCAGCCACCUCGAAGAAAGUACAAUUGCCUCGAGAGAGAGUGAUAGACAUGUCCGCGGAGGAUCAGAAGAGAUGGGAGGAAAGCGAGAUGGCGUUGGAGGUGGAUUUCUCUAGGUGCCACAUCGACCCAGCACCGUUUCAACUGGUCGAAAGGACGUCUCUGUUGAAGGUGCACAGCCUGUUCAGUAUGGUGGGCGUGAAUCAUGCCUAUGUAACAGCCAUUGGAAGGCUGGUCGGGGUUGUCGGACUGAAAGAGCUAAGGAAAGCGAUAGAGGACGCGAACGCUGGAAUCUUGCCCAUGCACGUGGAGAAUCACAUCGGUGUCUCGACAUCCAGCAUCGCGAAGAGCGAAACGGACACUGAGAGCAAGAACGCUAGCACGAUGAACUCUAUAGCUUCCGUCGAUUGUGAGAAAGUUGAAAAAGUCUGAAUGUUGAAACGAGAGAAAGAGAGAGAGAAAGAUAUUCUAGGGAGAUAAGUAGAAACAAAAAUGUGAUAGUCGUGUUGUGAGACGCGCGACGCGGCCUGUGAACGAUGCGAUAGACGGACGUGUUUUUUAAACAAAAUUAUCCCAUUCCUUCCUCCCACUAUCGUGAAUGUCAACGAAACUCGAGCAACAAGUCGAUCGAAACCGCUUUUAAACUUCUCUCGUACUUAAAAUCUCGGGACAAGAUUACCGCCGAUGUUUUUACGGCUUCGAAAACGUAUACUGUAGUUUAAAAAUUCUAUAGAAUUUACACUGUGAUGAGUUACCUUUUCUUACGCGGGCUAGAAUUGUAAGUUUAUUGACCUUUACGGACUAUGACGUUCGUCUUUUAUAAUCAAAUUUGAACUGAAUUAGCUUGUGCAAGGAUUGCUCAUCGCCAACGAAAUCGUUUUCGAACUGUUGCUCUUGAUUUCAACUGGAAGGACUCUCGGUACCGAAGAUUCACAUCAGGGUCUAAUCAAGUUGUUCUUCACCGACUUAGAUGGUUCUUUAUCUAAUUUUUAUCCACUGUAUUCCUCGUAAAAUAAUAGAAUAGAGAGUUACCAGGUGCGAAUGCGCGAAUGAUCGUUUCGAUGAUGUUUGAUUUCGUGAUAUCAGUGCUCAAUCAGGAUCGUCCAUGAAGAGCAUGGGCUCGAAUCCUGUGUGAAACGUUGAAGCUUUUCGUCGAUCGUGUAUUAAACAAUAACUUGGUGCUGCAAUAAUCGUUAUCGACGAAUUAGCUUCGCGUUUACAGAGGAAUAUGCUGUGAAUUGUGUGACUGUUGUUCUCGUUUAGACAAUACAAUCCUAAAUCGUGAUCGAUAACGUAUUAUGUUAUAGGACAAGACGAUAUAGUCAGUGACCUUGAUAAGCGUGAUUUAGCGUAAUGUUAAUUAAUUUAAGGAAGAAUCGCGAAUGAUAUUGAAUGCUAUUGUAGUGUAUAAAAUUCAUCUGACCAUGGUUGUGCAAACCUAUUUAUUCUAAUCGUUAAUCGCUGUUAAUCGCGCGUGAAAAUUCAAUGAUGUUGUUAGAUCAUUGCGAAGAGAGAGAGAGAGCGGAAUGUUUUAAGUGGAAUCUUAAUAUCUUCCGUGUUCUGGUAGAAAACUAUUUUAAUUACGAGAUAGCAUCAUUGGAAACGAUAUCUUAAUUAAUCAUUCUGACGUUACUCUAGGACCAGAUGCGGAUAAUACCGUUCUGUUUCGACGAUCGGUUAUCUGCGAGUACAUAGGUAUAAGCGAAAGUUCAUAGGGCAUUUUACAUUCCAUCCGACGUUAUAGUUUCACGAUGCAUCCCAUUUUAUUGUAAAUUAAUCCUGUGUGUCACGCUUUACCGAGUUCCUGGCGUGACCAGUAAUCACCAAGUAUAAGUACACAGUGUACGAUCGGGAAACGACAUUAAAUAAUUUAUUAUAUUAUUUACAAUA